CCGGUAGGGGAUAACUCUGAUUGUAUUCUGGGUUUGCUUAUUUAUUAUAAUAGGGUUUGAUGUUAUAUUAUUUUAAAAUAAGCAAAACUUUUAUUUGAAAUAUAUAUGGGCGUUAUAGGUUAAAUUAAAAGUAUUGAACUCGCAAAAUAAUCGACAUUGCAAUUCAGUCAUACAAAUCGAAAAAAGACUAACGUUUUUAAUAGUGGAAUCAUUGAUGUAGUCUCGAUUAUCCACAUUCAAUAUGUUAUUGAUGUUAUUGAUUGGCGCCAGCACUAAUUGCAUUCAAUGAUUUAUUAAUUGAUCGAGAUGGCUACACUUACACCCAUGAAUAAUGCCAUUAUAUAAAAGAUACACUGUAAUGUAUUUACUCGUAACACAAUACAUUUUGAGUAUUUUCAAUGCAAACCUCCCAGACAUGUGAAUGGGAUGCAGUGAAUUAUUUGAGGAAAUGGAACUGUACUCUAUCCAAUAAACAGCACGACCAACCCUAUAUUAAUGGAUUAUAUUAAAACCAAGAGUCAUGAGUUCUUACAAACUGACUGAUUUUAUAGUAAAAAUAGUUGACAAUCAGCAAGUAUUCAAUCCUUGUGAUGAAAUAGCUUUAGUUGUCCAGCUAAAAGUUCUAGAACCAGUUAGAGUUAGAGGUAUUCAUCUAAAAGUUUAUGGUCAAUGUUAUGUCUAUUGGGAGGAAAGAAGAUCUGCAGGUGAUAGCAAUAGUACUCAUUAUGAAGGAAAAGACAAUUUCAUUGCUGAAAGAAAAGUUUUAUGGGGGCAAGAGGGUUAUUCUCCAGAAGAACAGUUACUGCCAGCAGGGGAAUAUACUUUUACUGAACAAUAUAUUUUACCUAAAAACAUUCCAUCAUCAUAUGAAGGGGAAUAUGGUUAUGUGAGAUACUGGGCCAAAGCAAAAGUAUAUCGUAGUAGAUGGAAACUUGAUGUUACUUCAGAAGAAGCUCAUUUCUCUAUAAAUGGUGUGUCUGAUUUAAAUGAAUAUCCUGAAGCACAGGAAGUUGUAAUAAGAAGUGAACAACGAACAGUUUGUUGUUGGUGUUGUAAACAUGGAUCGUAUAAUGUUGUCUUUCGAUUGGAUCAUCGGGGUUUUGUUGUCACUGGCCCCGUUAUAGUAAUGGCUGAGAUUGUAAAUAAUACAUCCAAUUAUUUAACAGCUACAGCAUAUCUGGUCAUGAAAACAACAUAUAAAGCUAGUGAUAAUGAAAGAACUAGUAAAGUUAUUAUAGCAGAAGCCACACAUGAUAGUAUUGAACCUGAUGAAUCUGAUGUAUGGAAUGAUCCUAUAUUGAUACCACCAGAAACACAUCUAACCAAUCUUGGAGCUUCUACUUUAAUAGAUGUCAAUUAUGAAAUCCAGUUUUUGUUAAAUGCAGCUGGUUGUAAUUGCGACGAUAUCAAAUUUAAAGAAAGAAUAAUUCUAGGAACAGUUCCACUUAAUACAACUCUAACCUCCUCUAUAAAUACAGCUAUAGAGGAUUGCUCACAACAUACACCUUUAAUGCCCCCGCCUAGUUAUGCUGAAUGUAUGACUCCAGGUUCACCUCAUUUUGUAAAACAAGACAGUUUACCAUCAUACUCAGAUGUACAAUCUUAUCCUUUACAACAAGAGAUCAGUAGAACAUAGCAGCAUACAUUUAAUAUAUUGAACAUAGUGGUAUACACUGUAUAGAACAUGACAUUAUACAGUUAAUAUAUUAAAUAUACUGUAUAGAUCAUGGCAUUAUAUGCAGCUAAUAUCAUAAUGUACAGUAUAGAACAUGGCAUUAUACAGGUAUUCAGUUAUUCAUACAUUGAACUCCAUUAUUCCUGAUUUUUAUUAUGCCCACAUUUUCAUGUGGAAGUAUAUUGUUUUCGCCACCGUGGACACACUACAGGUCACAAUUUUUAUGCGAUUUUGACGGCACUUGAAAUAUGGGUUUAUCUAACGAAGACCUCAGCUCCUUUCAAUAUUGGCAUGUAUUGGAUCGUAACUUCAUGGAUUAUGGCUCCUGAUUGUAUGAAAAAUCACGUUUUUAGCUUGCAGACACUCUAGAAGUCACAAUUUUUAUAUGCCCACAUUUUCAUGUGGACGUAUAUUGUCGUCGCCCCUGUCCGUCCGGACGUCUGUUCGUCUGUCCGUCCACAAUUUGUUUGUGGACAUUCUACAGGUCACAAUUCUUAUCCAAUUUUGACGAAACUUGAAAUAUAGGUUUAUCUCCAAAAGAUCUCGGCUGCUUUCGAUAUUGGCAUGUAUCCGAUCGAAACUUCAUGGAUUAUGGCCCCUGUUUGUACGAAAAAUCAUGUUUUUAGCUUGUGGACACUUUAGAGGUCACAAUUAAUAUCCCAUUUUGUUGAAACUUGAAAUGUACGUUAAUAACCCAAAGAUCUCAGUUCCUUUCGAUAUUCGCGCAUAUCGGACCAUAACUUCCUGAAUUAUGGCUCCUGAUUGUACGAAAAAUCGCGUUUUUAGCUUGUGGACCCUAUAGAGGUCAUAAUUUUUAUCCAAUUUAAAAAACCGUUAUUAUUAUAUCACCAUUGAACCCUAAGGACAAAUGAGUUCAAAUUUCAUGAAAAUUGGCCCAAAAUUGACAGACAAAAUGGCCGCCGUUCGUUCUCAAAUAGCGUAAAAAUAUGGUAUAUCAAGGUUGUGGACCCUAUAGAGGUCACAAUUUUUAUCUGAUUUUGUUGAAACUUGAAAUGUAAGUUUAUAACCCAAAGAUUUCGGUUCCUUUCGAUAUUAGCGCA